GCUUUUCCUGAGUGUGGAAAGAGGAAGAGCACGGAGAAAAUAUCAGUGUCUCAGUGAAAAUCUUUAUUGAAUCCAGAUUUUUGUGAUGGAGGUCCCCGUACCCGAUCGCGAUUGGAGGAGCCCUCAGUUCCGGCAGAAAGUCGUCGCUCAGAUGUGAGAUUUUUGAGUUUGUUUGAGGUGUUUUAGCUGAAUUUUUGUUUCUGUCCCUUAGAAAACCACACCAACCACAGAGAAGAGAGCUGAACCAGGAUCAUAAAAACAAGGAUUUAAGUCGGAACUGGAAAAAUGUGAACAAAAACCCCUUCAAUUACAGGGAAGAUUAUUUAAUUCUGUGGACUAGAGACAUUUCUAAUCAGCACUGUAUUGAAGCAACAAUCAUGGUAGUCAAUAUUAAUUAAUUUAGUGUCUAAUCCUGAAGAAAUACUGUUUCCUGUUACUGUAAGAAAAGUAUUGUUAACAGCAACAGAUUGAUUAUCAUUUAAGUAAUGCAGGUUAGGAUUGAGUAAAGCAGGGUGAUUUCUAUUUUUCCUUACAGAGAGGAGGCCAUGAAGAAGGCAGGACCCUCUAAUACCAAAUCAAGCAGUGACAUGGAGAACCAUGUUUAUGUCAAAGCUAAAACCAGAGUGAGUACAGGACCACAGGAGGGUGUGUUUUAAAAGCAGAAACCUCUGCUCUAAUGAAAGACUGUUAUUAAAGGUUUGUACCCAAUAAAAACAUUGAUUAUGACUCUUUUCCAGGAGGAGUAUUUAUCUCUGGUGGCGAGGCUGAUCAUACACUUCAGAGACAUCCGUGAGUGUUAAAAUGAUAACCCAUCACACUCUCUGAGCUGAUACACUACAUGAAAGUCAAACAGCUGCUGGUUAACUCGUGUUUUUUUAGACGAUAAUGGGAAGUCAGGGUGCUGCAGGUGUCACGUGAAGUGAGUUAAAGAAAGUUAGCGUGUUUUGAAAAGCAAGAUUACACAUGUGCAGGCAUGCAGACAGUUGUAAUAGUUGAAGCCUGUCAAUAAAGUUUAAGUUCAAGCCAAUGAAUGUCCGCCGUCUAUUACACUGGCAAAAUAGCAACUCAUUAAGCAUAUAAAAACGCCACAGCUUUUACUUAUACUGCUGUACCUUUGUGUCUUUACAGAUAAAAAGACUCUUGGCGGUCCAGGUCAGUGGAUUUUGUUUCUGUCUGUUCUGUCUCUCUCCGUUUGGUUUUUCUUUGCUGUGUUCUGUCUUCUGCUGACCUGUCUCUACCAGUCUCAUGGUGUUCAUGAUUUCUGCCGUGCAUGGAGCUGCAUAAUAUUGUCUAUUGUCUACCCUUCUGCUAGUUCCCAUGAAUGCCCUGACUAACCUGACAGGGGUUGGAGGGGGCCCGGGCGCCAUUGGCAUGGGGCCUCGCCCCACUGGUGCUCCAGUGGGUGGCAUGGGGGCCAUGGGGCAGAUGUAGUUAGGCCAGCAUGCCAUGGCAGGGGUGACUGGAAACCCACAAGCCAGUGAAUGUGUUUCCUCCGUGUGGUGUGUGUUUUCAGUUACAGGUCAUCCUCAGAGCGUCCUUGGAUGCUGGCUGCUUCUAAACUGCAUAUUUUGGUGUCAGAGCCAGUCUUACUUUCAGUCUCCGCUUUGGCACGUUGUGUGUUUGACGCUCCAGAGCUUUCCUCUGACUUAGCCAGAUGCCGGGUUUCUCCUUCAUCUUCCUCUCGCUCACUCUUUAGUAGAGGGUCCAGGCCAGCUGCAGAUACAGCAGAUGGUGCAGGCGCAGCAACAGUCCAUGCAGUUCCAACAGUUCCAGCAGGCCCAGAACCAGCAGCAGCAGAACCAGGUAUCUGAACUCUGUUAACUCAAAGUGCAGGAACAUGGAUCUAUCACACUGUGGGAAGAUCACCAUAUACCUCAGCUUAGCUCUGAUACUGAGGUGGUAACUGCUGAAACCCGGGGUGUUGGCUACAAACCUGUUUGUACUCUGUUGAUGGGACUGCUGUCUCUUCAGGUGAGUUUCAACUAAGUGUGAUCAGAAUCAGCUUUAUCGGUCUGUAUGUCACACAUACAAGAAAUAUAACUCCAGUAAGCUCUGACCUCUACAUACAAACAUUGAACCUGAAAUAUUGUAAAAAUUACAAUCAUACUGGAUUGUAUCUCUCCAAACCUGAUUUUAUCUUAUAAUUAAAUUCAUGUACAUUAAUGCAUCCUAUUCUAUUUUUUUGCACAUUUUUUCCAUACCAUGAAAUCUUGGGUGUUAUAAGCUGUCAGGGUUUUUAAAUUGGUACUCAAUUUACACAAAGACACCAGCCCAGCAGAAAAGUUGAUGUAGAGGGAGAGGGAGAUCAUAAAAGAUGGAAUUUUCCCCAUACCCACAUCAUAUUUGAUACUUAAAUCAGCUUCUGUGCAGCCAAAAGGAGUCAUAGUUGUUAAGAAGGUGUGUUUUGAAUUUGUCUGUUUUUGCACCUGUACAUUUGCGGAUACUUCUUGUGUUUGCAGAUGCACCAGACAACAAUUCAGCAGCAGCAGAUGGUGCAGCUGCAGCAGCACCAAGCUCAAGCUCAAGCCCAGGCUCAAGCUGCAGCACAGGCACAGCUCAAUGCAACUGCUGCAGCCGGAGCUGCUGUCCCUGUCUAUGCUACUAAUUGUAUUCAGUUUCUACCCGAUAGCGACUGGAGGAGCCCUCAGUUCCGGCAGAAAGUCGUCGCUCAGAUGUGAGAUUUUUGAGUUUGUUUGAGGUGUUUUAGCUGAAUUUUUGUUUCUGUCCCUGCGUGAGUCUCUGAGCUAACAAGCUAACACCAACCACAGAGCAGAGAGCUGAACCAGGAUCAUAAAAACAAGGAUUUAAGUCGGAAUUGGAAAAAUGUGAACAAAAACCCCUUCAAUUACAGGGAAGAUUAUUUAAUUCUGUAGACUAGAGACAUUUCUAAUCAGCACUGUAUUGAAGCAACAAUCAUGGUAGUCAAUAUUAAUUAAUUUAGUGUCUAAUCCUGAAGAAAUACUGUUUCCCGUUACUGUAAGAAAAGUAUUGUUAACAGCAACAGACUGAUUAUCAUUUAAGUAAUGCGGGUUAGGAUUGAGUAAAGCAGGGUGAUUUCUAUGUUUCCUUACAGAGAGGAGGCCAAGAGGAAGGCAGGACCCUCUAAUACCAAAUCAAGCAGUGACAUGGAGAACCAUGUUUAUGUCAAAGCUAAAACCAGAGUGAGUACAGGACCACAGGAGGGUGUGUUUUAAAAGCAGAAACCUCUGCUCUAAUGAAAGACUGUUAUUAAAGGUUUGUACCCAAUAAAAACAUUGAUUAUGACUCUUUUCCAGGAGGAGUAUUUAUCUCUGGUGGCGAGGCUGAUCAUACACUUCAGAGACAUCCGUGAGUGUUAAAAUGAUAACCCAUCACACUCUCUGAGCUGAUACACUACAUGAAAGUCAAACAGCUGCUGGUUAACUCAUAUUUUUUUAGACGAUAAUGGGAAGUCAGGGUGCUGCAGGUGUCACGUGAAGUGAGUUAAAGAAAGUUAGCGUGUUUUGAAAAGCAAGAUUACACAUGUGUGCAGGCAUGCAGACAGUUGUAAUUGUUGAAGCCUGUCAAUAAAGUUUAAGUUCAAGCCAAUGAAUGUCCGCCGUCUAUUACACUGGCAAAAUAGCAACUCAUUAAGCAUAUAAAAAUGCCACAGCUAUACUUAUACUGUCGUACCUUUGUGUCUUUACAGAUAAAAAGACUCUGGGCGGUCCAGGUCAGUGGAUUUUGUUUCUGUCUGUUCUGUUCUCUCUCUGUUUGGUUUUUCUUUGCUGUGUUCUGUCGUCUUCUGACCUGUCUCUAUCAGUCUCAUGGUGUUUAUGCUUUCUGCUCUGCAUAGAGUUGUAAAAUGUUGUCUAUUGUCUACACUUCCACCAGAUCCCAUGAAUGCCCUGUGUGACCCCUGAGCUGCAGAGCUUUGGUCAGAAAGCACAAGAGACAUCGAUGGAGUCUAUGAUGUUUACUGAAGAACUGUGCAGCAAUGUGUUCCUGUACAAUGCAGUUCUGAAAAUAUAUCACAAGAAAUAAAGGACUGAAUUAUCACUGUGUACUCACUGUACUGCUUUAAAUGUGCAAUUAAAUACAGUAGGCUUAGCAACCAACUUCACAGUAAAUAAAACACUAUUAUCACUGUAAUCACUCAGUAUUCAUGAAUGUAGCUUUAAAAGGGAUAUUCCGGCAUAAAAAUAAUUUACGGUCAAACACACUUUAACACUGAGUUAGACACCCCCCCCCUCGAGAGAUGAAUGUUGCUGACCGCUUGCUUCUCUAGUUAUACCAACUUUAGUAACAACCGCAGGAUAGCAAUACAGAGAGACACACUCUCAACCAAAACGCCACUCUAUAGCCACAAAUAAUGCUCAGAACAGCACCUAACUUCAUCAACAGUACAUACAGGGUCCCAACCAUAGUACUAGCCAUCAAACAUGUUUUUAACUUUGCCUGUUUGCCUAAUUUCUUUAGCAAAGAGACUAAACACAACUCACCCACUCUCUUCCAGCAGCUGCUUGUUUGUAGAUCUCAGGCCAGUCCAUUAAGGACUACAGCGAGGGACGCAGCUCAAGGAAGAACAUUACUAAUCAUUUCCUUAUCAUUUCCUUGAAGUAAUAAUCAUCAAAAUAAUCAUUUUACACUGCAACAGUAGUUCUUCUGCCUUAGCGUCUCGGUCUGAUUGCAUUUCUAUGAGGAAAUUAUCAUAAAUGUUCUUCCUUGAGCUGCGUCACCCCGUAGCAGUCUGUAAUGGACUAGCCCGAGGUCUACAAACAAGCGGCUGCUGGAAGAGAGUGGGAAAGCUAAAAAGAUGUUUGGUGGCUAGUACCAUGGCUGGGACCCUACUGUUGAUGAAGUUAGGUGCUGUUCUGAGCAUUAUUUGUGGUUAUAGCGUGGCGUUUUGGUCAAGCGUGUGGCUCUCUGUAUCUGUAUAUCGUGAGGUCAUUACUAAAGUUGGUAAUACUAGAGAAGCAAGCGGUCGGCAACAUUCAUCUCUCAAGGGGGUGUCUAACUCAGUGUUACGGUGUGUUUGACCCUAAAUUAAUUUUACACUGGAAUAUCCCUUUAAAGGCAUGGUUGACGAUCUGAGAAGCAGUUUAAGUAAACUGAGCCGUUGAGGCAGAUUUGAGAAAAGCGUCCCACUCCUCACACACAAACCUCUCCCCUCUGUGCGCCACGAUACCUCCCCCUCCUUACCUGUAUCGCCCUCCCCAUGACACACCACCUCUGGCAGAGCAAGAAACUGGCCGGCAGAAGAUCCUACGCUAGAUUCAAACAGAAUUCACCAUGUCGGACUGCCAGUGACUAGCUGCAGUAAACGCUAGCUCUGCUCGUGAGCACCGCCUGCAGCUGCCUGGACAGCAACCAUGUUGACAUUUCAGAGAGUUAUUUAUGUAACAUAUGCCACGAUAAAAGGCAAAAAUUACCUGUUCAACAAAAAUUCUGCUGUCUUGGUGUCUGUUUUCAGGCCCAAAUCCUGGCGCAGCUUUCUCCACCACUUAAAGGAUGAUCCGAUGUUUAUUCCAGUUAGAUUCCUCACUUGGUCACAUUUCCUCUUCGACUCUGCCGUUUCUUCUGUCAGCUUGCGUUUUCGUGACACUUUUGGCGGUGGGGCAAGCAGAAGUGUUUUUUUUCAGUCCCUCUCAUCACAGCUCCUGUAGCUAAGCCGCUAUGCUGCUUUUAGCCGCCAAGAGCUCCGAGGAGGGCCGGGUGAGAGUCUGAACUACGGAAGAGGGGUGUGUCGAAUACAGCGAGGUGAUUGGAUGGAGAGGCGGAGCAGCAGAUUGACCAAUAGGAACCGUCAGGGAAGGAUGGCUCCCAUUGGUCAAUGUUUUUGCAGCGCCAACGGACAUACGAAUUCAUUUAAUCUCAGUUAGCUUUUAGAUGCUAACUCGCGAUCAUGCUAACGGGUGAAAACGGACUUUUAAUGAUUGUCAAUAUACACUAGGAGCGACGCAACACUAUCAGAAAGGUAAGUCACAUGUACACAUUCAUUUCGCAUCACUAUGAACGUAACUUACAUCGUCAGUGACUGCCAUACCACUGUGAACAACAGGUCAAGCGCAGACCGUAUAGCAGGAAGUGAAACUGCAUAAAUUGUCUUCAAAAUAAAACGCUCACUUCAAAAUAAAAUCAGUGGCAGGAAGAGUGCACUGUGGAACAGAGGGGCAGACUAUAGACUGUAUAUAUUAUGGACAAGUUGGUUCGGCGUUCCGCCAGUGUACGGAUUUGAAGCCGAAAAGGUCUCGGUAAUUUAACAAUGCAACAAUACCGGUAAAACAAGUCGGAAAACAACGCUUACUGUUGUAAUGUUUAGCUGUUGUAGCAAUAGCAGUCUGACAUCAAUGUAGCUAUCAACAGCUAUAGCCACGUUAACUAGCUCGUCAUAACGCACAAUUUUAAAAUGCUGACAGUUCAAAACAUAGCUAAUAUUUACGUGGUGUAGCGUAAGUUUAAUUAUGAAAAUAUUAAAAUCAUACCCCUGGCGGAGUGGGAUAUAUGACCUAUACUGCAGUCCGUCACCAGAGGGUGCUGUUCUCAGUGUGGCUUAACCCAGCGAGAAGGCAGACGGCGUCCAUUCUAUAUACAGUCUUUGGGGCAGACAUUAUCUUACUGUACAGACCUCUGCAAAAAGUAACCGUGGUCAAGCUAGCAGACAUUCGCUUUACCAUGGUCAAACCAACGGACACUAAAAUUAGCGUACCUGCGUGUUCUAUCCUUUGCGGUAAAUGCAAUUACAUGACCCAAAACGAGUGAGCAGGCAACAAUUGGACUUCUGGUUUUCAAAAUAAGAUGCUAAAAACAGUGAAUGAAGAAUUUCGGAUAUCUAAAUGUUUGAUAUCUAACGGUAAUUUCUGGCAAUGCUUAAUGUUCAUGUGUAUAAGACAUCUCUGAUUACUGUCAGACUGGGAAUUAUUCAUUUUUACUGUACAAUUUUUGAGAAAUUUCACAUUGAAAGUCCUAGAUUUAUACUUUGAAACAACACAUUUCUUACUUUUGUGACACUGUAAGAGCAAGUUGCUCCGUAGUUUCUAUAAAUGCUUGAUGUAUCUGAGUAGGAGACAUCUCUGACUGCUUACACACUGAAAAGUAUUCAUCUUUACUGUAUCAUUAAGGAGAAAUGUCACUUUAAAGUCCUAAAUUUGUACUUAGAAAUAGUUACAUUUCUCAUUGUUGAUACUGAAAAAGCAAAUUGCUCCAAAAUUUCUGGAAAUGCUUGAUGUACUUGAGUAGAAGACAUCUCUGACUACUCACACACCGAAAAUUAUUCAUUUUUACUGUAUCAUUAUGGAGAAAUUUCACAUUAAAAGUCCUACAUUUGUAAAGGAGAGAAUGACAAUAGCUGUACAAAGAGCUAUCUGGUUUGGAAAUGUCUUUAUUUUCGCUAAAAGCCACCUUUCGACCUGAAGAGAAUUUCGAAAGCUUUGGAAACGCAGUUAUAAAGUUUCUUUAUCCAUCUGCUCUGUAUGUGAAAAUAUAAAAUAACGCAAUAACUCAGCCCAUGGAGGGCAGCAUUUCGCUCCUCGCGUACAGCCUGCCGGAAAUUUAUUACAAGUCGAAGAAGAAGAAGAAGAGGCCAUUUUCCAUAGAGCGGAAAGAGGAAGAGCACGGGAAAAAACAUUAGUGUCUCAGUGAAAAUCCUUUAUUAAAACAGAUUUUUGUGAUGGAGGUCCCCGGACCCGAUAGCGACUGGAGGAGCCCUCAGUUUCGGCAGAAAGUCGUCGCUCAGAUGUGAGAUUUUUGAGUUUGUUUGUGGUGGUUUUAGCUGAAUUUUUGUUUCUGUCCCUGCGUGAGUUACUGAGCUAACAAGCUAACACCGACAACAGAGCGGAGAGCCAAACCAUAAUCAUAAAAACAAGGAUUUAAGUCGGAAUUUGAAAAAUGUGAACAAAAACCCCUUCAAUUACAGGGAAUAUUGUUUAUUUUUAUAAACUAGAGACGACAUUUCUAAUCGGCGCUGUAUUGAAGCAACAAUCGUGGUCGUUAAUAUUCAUUCAUCCAGUGUCUCAUCCUGAGGAAAUAUUAUUUUAAGACCCAUUACUGUCUAGACCAAACUCGUGAGUUUAAUAUUUACUAAGUCCCAACACCAAUAAAGGAUCAGAGCCACUCUUUUUCAGGCUCAAUCUACCACGAUAGAUACACUUUACAGCAUUUAUUGAGUCACCAAGGAGAGGGGGAAACUCUUUUAACAGGUAGAAACCUCAGGCAGACCCAGACUGAUGUUAGACAGUUAUCUGUCAGGGCUGAGCUGGGACGAGAGAGGAAAUAGAGGGAGAUGGACAGAGACAAACAACAAAAUCUCAGUGCUGUUAUCAUACUGUCACAGUAAUGCUGGCAAAAGGAUUUAUUGUUUACAGCAACAGAUUGAUUUUCAUCUGAGUAAUGUGGAUUAAAGUCAACAGGUCCAAGAGAAGCGCUUAAAACACUGGUUAUGAUGAUAGAGGUGACACUAUAAAUUAUGCCAAUUGAGGUAACGCUAAUAUGCAAAUUAAAAUUACAAUUAAAACAGUGAUAAUAAUGUUUGAAAUUAUAUCAAUAAAUUUAAUGUUAGUUUUUUUUCACAGGGAUAAUGACAGUAAGGCUGGAAAGAAGAAUUAAAGCAGUUUGAGUCUGUCAGGUCCUCAGCAGCAAGAUGCCUGCAGUCAAGUAUGAGUAUGAAGCAGUGUGAUUUCUAUGUUUCCUUACAGAGAGGAGGCCAUGAGGAAGGCAGGACCCUCUAAUACCAAAUCAAGCAGUGACAUGGAGAACCAUGUUUAUGUCAAAGCUAAAACCAGAGUGAGUACAGGACCACAGGAGGGUGUGUUUUAAAAGCAGAAACCUCUGCUCUAAUGAAAGACUGUUAUUAAAGGUUUGUACCCAAUAAAAACAUUGAUUAUGACUCUUUUCCAGGAGGAGUAUUUAUCUCUGGUGGCGAGGCUGAUCAUACACUUCAGAGACAUCCGUGAGUGUUAAAAUGAUAACCCAUCACACUCUCUGAGCUGAUACACUACAUGAAAGUCAACCAGCUGCUGGUUAACUCAUGUUUUUUUAGACGAUAAUGGGAAGUCAGGGUGCUGCAGGUGUCACGUGAAGUGAGUUAAAGAAAGUUAGCGUGUUUUGAAAAGCAAGAUUACACGUGUGCAGGCAUGCAGACAGUUGUAAUAGUUGAAGCCUGUCAAUAAAGUUUAAGUUCAAGCCAAUGAAUGUCCACCAUCUAUUACACUGGCAAAAUAUCAACUCAUUUAACGUAUGAAAACGCCACAGCUCUUACUUAUACUGCUGUACCUUUGUGUCUUUACAGAUAAAAAGACUCUGGGCGGUCCAGGUCAGUGGAUUUUGUUUCUGUCCUGUUCUCUCUCUGUUUGGUUUUUCUUUGCUGUGAUCUGUCUUCUGCUGACCUGUCUCUACCAGUCUCAUGGUGUUCAUGAUUUCUGCCGUGCAUGGAGCUGCAUAAUGUUGUCUAUGAUGUCUACCCUUCUGCUAGAUCCCAUGAAUGCCCUGACUAACCUGACAGGGGUUGGAGGGGGCGCGGGCGCCAUUGGCAUGGGGCCUCGCCCCACCGGUGCUCCAGUGGGUGGCAUGGGGGCCAUGGGGCAGAUGCAGUUAGGCCAGCAUGCCAUGGCAGGGGUGACUGGAAACCCACAAGCCAGUGAGUGUGUUUCCUCCAUGUGGUGUGUGUUUUCAGUUACAGGUCAUCCUCAGAGCGUCCUUGGAUGCUGGCUGCUUCUAAACUGCAUAUUUUGGUGUCAGAGCCAGUCUUACUUUCAGUCUCCGCUUUGGCACGUUGUGUGUUUGACACUCCAGAGCUUUCCUCUGACUUAGCCAAAUGCCGGGUUUCUCCUUCAUCUUCCUCUCGCUCACUCUUUAGUAGGGGGUCCAGGCCAGCUGCAGAUACAGCAGAUGGUGCAGGCGCAGCAACAGUCCAUGCAGUUCCAACAGUUCCAGCAGCAGCAGCAGCAGCAGCAGCAGCAGCAGAGCGUCAUGCAACAGCAGCAGAACGCCAUGCAGCGCCAGCAGUUUCAGGUGCAGCAGCAAUUGAGAGUGCAGCAGCUGCAGCAGCAGCAGCAACAACAACAGCAACAGCACCACCAAAACCAACAGCAACAGCAGGCCCAGAACCAGCAGCAGCAGAACCAGGUAUCUGAACUCUGUUAACUCAAAGUGCAGGAACAUGGAGUUAUCACACUGUGGGAAGAUCACCAUAUACCUCAGCUUAGCUCUGAUACUGAGGUGGUAACUGCUGAAACCCGGAGUGUUGGCUACAAACCUGUUUGUACUCUGUUGAUGGGACUGCUGUCUCUUCAGGUGAGUUUCAACUAAGUGUGAUCAAAAUCAGCUUUAUCGGUCUGUAUGUCACACAUACAAGAAAUAUGACUCCAGUAAGCUCUGACCUCUACGUACAAACUAAAUUCAUGUACAUUAAUGCAUCCUAUUCUAUUUUUUUGCACAUUUUUUCCGCACCAUGAAAUUUUGGGUGUUAUAAGCUGUCAGGGUUUUUAAAUUGGUACUCAAUUUACACAAAGACACCAGCCCAGCAGAAAAGUUGAUGUAGAGGGAGAGGGAGAUCAUAAAAGAUGGAACUUUCCCCAAACCCGCAUUAUAUUUGAUACUUCAAUCAGCUUCCGUGCAGCCAAAAGGAGUCAUAAUUGUUAAGAAGGUGUGUUUUGAAUUUGUCUGUUUUUGCACCUGUACAUUUGCGGAUACUUCUUGUGUUUGCAGAUGCACCAGACAACAAUUCAGCAGCAGCAGCAGCAGAUGGUGCAGCUGCAGCUUCAGCAGCAGCAAGCCCAAGCUCAAGCUCAAGCUCAAGCUCAAGCUCAAGCCCAGGCUCAAGCUCAAGCUCAGGCCCAGGCUCAGGCUCAGGCUCAAGCCCAGGCUCAGGCUCAGGCUCAGUCUAUCCAGCACAUGGUGCAGCAGCAGCAGCAGGUUCAGGCCCAGGCUCAGCCUCAGCCAGGUCAGAUGCCUCCACACACUCAGCAGCAGCAACAGCCUGGCAUGGUGCCUCAGUCUCUGGCUGGACCAAUGACAUCAGCUCAGCACGUCCCCAUCAACUCACUCAGUCAGCAACAGCAGCAGCAUCAGCUCAAGAUCCAGGCCUUUCAGGUGAGAACGCUGCCCCCUGCAGGUGUGUCUCUGCAGUAGUUAUCUACAUCUUUUGACAGAUUUUAAGACCCCCUCUUUUUCCAGCUUUCAAUGACAUAAAUGACGCUUAAUUAUCUUAUCUGUUUUGCAAUGUUCAACAUAUAGAAAGCAGCAGGUUCUCAGUCUGGAGGGUCAGACCUCUGCUGUUCAAACACAGAACAGGCCUCUUAUGGUCGUGCUUACCAACCCCCUCUGCUUGCAUGCUUUGCUCUGUGUGUGUGUGAACAGGCCCGUGCAGCCUUGCAGCAGCAGCAGCAGGUGCAGCAGGCACAGCAAGCAGCGCAGCAAGCCGCAGCACAGGCACAGCUCAAUGCAGCUGCUGCAGCCGGAGCUGCUGUCCCUGGACAGGUGAGAAUAAAACCGCCUCAGGCUCAGGUGCUCCAUGUGUAAAACUUUACAUAACCUCACGUGACGCCUAGCACAUCCAAGUCUGUUAGUGGGUUAGUGAAGAAAAAAAGAAAAAACAUCCACUGGGGACAAAAUACGACCUUAAGAUGUCUGAAAACUUAUCAGGUCUCAAAGACUUUGGCAGUUUUGAGGAUUACUUUUACUCAUUCUGAAGUUUUCUGUUUACAGACUUGUUGUGAAAUAAUAAAACAUUUAAAAUCAAAGAUUCACUGACACACCUUUGUGUAGUGGCACGUUUGCUCAGAAUAAGUGUUUUAAGGAGUUCAUUGCAUAAAACAUUUGCAUGUAUUUAAAGUUAACAAAGUGAAAGUCCAUAAACCACAGUUAAAUCUCAAUAAAGGAACACAUUACUCAAACAUGAGUUUCAGUGCAGCUGCACCUCUGGCUUUGUGUUGAUCAGAUAAAUAAAGGUUCAACGCUGCAGAGGUCCUCAGAAGUGAAGAGAAGUGUGUGCUGCAGUGUUCAUGUGUGUGUCCUUUCUGCUCACCUUUCCUGUCCUGUCAUGUCUCCUCUCCUGUAAUGUGCCUCCUCUGAAGCUGGUCCGUCCUGGGAUGAUUCCUACCCGGAUGCCCCGAGCCGCCCUGAACCCCUCCAUUCCCCCUCAGAACACUGCCGCUGCUGCAGCGGCUGCUGCUGCCGCCGCCGCUGCAGCUGUUGCAGUUGGAGGACAGCAGAUGACACAACAGGUAUGUAUCCCUAGUCUGACCUCUGACCCCUGCCUGUCCCAUUCACAGUGUGCUUCUGUUUGUCAGAGCGUCUUAUCUCUCUGUGCCUUAUGCUCCUGCUUUUCUGACGUCAGAUGGUUCAAAAGUGACAAAACUACUAUUAACAUAGAGAUCAGACAGUGAUCCUCUCCUGACUGUUUACCUGCUGCACACCAAAGAAAUCAUCUGAAAAUUUGAUCUGAAGUCAAAUACAUGAUCUCAGAUUACGGUCCAGUACACAUGUGUAUUUUUAUCAACAAAUAUCCAACCCCCCCCUCUAAAAAAUGAAGUCACAUAAUCACAUCAUUGUUUUCAAGUAAAAUCUCAUCCACACAAAUCCACAUAAAUGUGCUAUUGACCGCUGUUAAAAGCAUGCCAGACCUGGGGUUGGUAGUAUUUGCCGAAAAGUUAGACCCAUUCCAUCCAAUCAGAGCAAGCUUCCUCUUGUCUUCACUUCCCCAAACAUGAAACACAGUGUCGUGUAGUUUGUUCAUGUGGACCGACACAGAGGUGCAUAGCUUUUAAGUAUGGUUUUGGAGUAUAGAGUCAACAAGAUUUUUGCUACUCACAAAAAUAUAUAUCCUGUUUAUAUCUGUGCCGUCCACUGCCUGACUUAAACAAGGGUGGAUAGUAUAUGACGUUUAUCUAUUAGUUGUCGCAGACAAUAAUGUUUGGGAAUUUAAAACUCUGGUUAUCUAUGUCCACACGCAAAAGCAAAACCAGAGUUUUCCAAAAUCUUCAUAUUGGUCGGAGUUUUCCAAAAGUACAGUUUUUAAUGAUGUAAUCCUGCAGUUUCGUGUGGAUGGCAGGCCAAAAAGUAUGAAAAUAUAUUUGUUUUAGCAAAUACCUUGCUACAUGUGGACUGCUGAAGUGUUGCUUCAGCAGCUUCAGCUUCCCCUCCUGUGAUUGGCUAAUUUGUGUCCAAUCACUGUCCUUUGCAGGUGCAACAGCAUUCAAUGAUGUCAUCGCCCUCACCUGUGCAGGUGCAGACACCACAGUCAAUGCCUCCCCCUCCUCAGCCGUCACCUCAGCCCCCCACCUCACAGCCCAACUCAGCCAGGUGAGCGGCUGGUCACAUGACAUGUCUGCCUCAACGUUCUCGUUGGUUUAUGUUUUUUUUUUUUUAACCCCCUCCUUCUCUUCCUCUCUGCAGCUCCGGUCCCACCCCGUCACCGGGCGGGUUCCAGCCCAGCCCAUCCCCUCAGCCUUCACAGAGCCCAGCCAACAGCCGGACCCCCCAGAACUACGGAGUCCCCUCUCCUGGGCCACUGAAUACUCCAGGUACUGGUUUACAAAAAUACACCUUAUCAAGGUUACAAGAAACAGAGUGCAAACUGAAACUUCAAACCAGCUCCACACACACACACACACACACACACACACACGCUGUUCCAACCUGCCAGCUCCAACACUGUACAUCACGACCUCCUCCCCACCAUUAAAGGUUUUCUUCUUAGCAGUUGACUCGAUGUAAACAUACUUCUCUGAGAACCAACAUUCAAAUAAGCAGUGUCCCCUGGUCCUGAAGCAUGAGGCUGGUGCUGAAGUGCUGCAGUCCCUCCAUUGUCCACUAGAGGCUGUCUGUAAACACUUCAGAAUCCACACACACCCAUUCUAGAAAGGUGCAAAAAUAAACAUGUUUACAAACAAAUGAAGACGUAUUUGUGGAUGUUUGCAUUAACCGCCUCCUCCUUUCCUCUGCUGACCUGUUCUGCAGGUAACCCCAGCUCAGUCAUGAGUCCGGCCGGAGCCACAUCUCUGGAGGACCAGCAGUACAUGGAGAAACUCAAACAGUUGUCCAAAUACAUCGAACCUCUGCGGCGUAUGAUCAACAAGAUUGACAAGAAUGAAGGUCAGCCUCACAGCUCACAGUGGCUCUUUAUUUAUCGAUACAGGUUAUUUGUUAAACUGUUAAGUUUUUAUGCUGAUUUCUAGUUUGGUACCCAGUUGAUACUCUAGCCUCAUCAGGAGAAAAAACUGCUUUAUUCCCUCUGUUCUCUGAAUGUUUUAAGAUGUAAUAAAUGUAAGUGUCUCUUUGGAAGGUAAAAUCUGAGCCAUGAGAUUUACCCUGACAAUCAGAGUCCAAGGCUGUGCCUGAAAUAAAUCACUCAAUCCCUAACCCCGAUAUGGGGUUUCACUAUAUAGCUGACUAUGUAGUGAGCUCAAUCACCGGAGGUUUCGGGCACUACAUGGCAAGACACAAUGCAUGACGGGAUGCCCACCACCGGUGAAUUACCAUCGGAUGGUCACUACAUUUUGCAAUGCUUUUAUGGGAAAUUUUGAGUCGCCUAUAUAGGGCACUGGAAUUGAUCACUGAGGUUUCGGACACCCCUCAAAAUGGCGCUAACUCCCAUUUAGUCACCUAUAUAGGGGUUAGGGAUCCAUUUCGGACACAGCCCAAAUAAGAUAACAAUGCUAACAUCAUAUUAAUAAUAGUUAUUAUGAUAUAUUGUAUAUAUGUAUAACUGAAUUAGUUUCUUUUGUGUGUUUUUGUUGAACAGACAGGAAGAAGGACCUGAGUAAGAUGAAGAGUCUGUUAAAUAUCCUGACUGAUCCGAACACGAGGUAACAGCUGAUCACAGUGACACACUCAUUCUAAUCACAGCAGACAUAGGAGCAGCUCAAUGAAUGGAGAGAUCAUUGAGAAGUGUCACAUUUAUCAGCAGCUUCUUUAAAAAGUGAUUCACAGGAUGUGAGUGUUUGGGAUUAAUCUCGAAUUCAACUUUUUUUUUUUAACUGAGCUGGCUUUUAAAAGCACUUUAAGAAGGAUAAUGAGCUAUUAAAGAGGGGGUUGUGGAUGUCACCUCACAUGCUGUAAGAGGCAGGCUGUUUCUCGCCGAAAGCACAGAGGAUCUAGUAAGGAGAGACUAUUGCAAUGACAACAUUGGUUGUCAAUGUGUGAUCGUACCGUUUUGAUCACUUUACAUCAAUUUUCUCGGAUUAUUACAACAUACGUUAACCUUGUGAUUUGACAAUAUACAUACAUCGAGUAUGGACACCAAACUUUGCAUUUCAUGUUGCAAAUGUUGAAAAGCCUUUAAAUACCCCCCAUCCCCCUUUAACGAAAGGGAGAAAAAAAAAAAGAUAUUUUCAUGUAUAUCCAGCUAUUGCAUCAUCAGAACGCUGAUAUCACAUUGAGGAUUUUUCUUGUUUUUUUCUUUUUUGAAUUUGAAGAAUUAUAUAUUGAAUAUAUAAUUUCACAUUUUUUUCUUUUCUCUUGUCUUUCUGUUCUUCAUUUUGUCCUUUUAACUUUUCUUUUUUUAUUUUCUGUCCUUUAAUUUCCUUUUUUCUUUUAUUAUUUAUUCUCUUUUCAUUUUCCUGUUUUCUCUUUUCUUUGUCAUUUCUUUUUAUCUUGUUUCGUCUUUUUUCUUCCUUUUCUCUUUUGAAGCACUUUGUGACCUUGGUUUAAAAAAUUCUACAGAAAUCAAGUUUAUUUGUUAUUAUUUUAAAAAAUCACUUCUAUGUUUCUUUUACCGUGUGUUUUUUAAAUUAAAAUUGGAACAUAAUAUAUCUGUAAAUAUUUCAGUUAUACAUGCUGUGUCUAUAAGAAUUCUGAAAGUUGACUUCUUUAGAAUAAAUAACUUUUUAAGAAAAAUAAGAUUUUUUCCCCAGUAUUCUGAUUAGAUUCACCUGUUGGCAGACUUUACUUGUUUUUUUGUGUUUGACCUUUAGGUGUCCACUGAAGACGCUGCAGAAGUGUGAGAUUGCCUUAGAGAAGCUGAAGAACGACAUGGCCGUGGUGAGGACGUCUCCUUCUGUCCAAACUUGGACUCUGCUUCAAACCGACAUUUCUGAGACACAGACAUGAUGCUGUUAUGACAACAUAGCUGGCUCAUAAACUUAUGCAUGCCUGCCCACAGUCACCUUUGAUUACUUCAGUUCACUCUCAGCAUGUCAGACAGACAGAACUUUGAUAGAACCUGAUUAAAUUCAGAAACUGUAGAGAACUUAAGAAGGACAAACAGAGUAUUUGAUUGACAGGUUUGAUUGACAGGUUUUUUUUCUUCAUUUCAGCCCACACCCCCUCCCCCUCCAGUUCCCACUAAGCAGCAGUACCUGUGUCAGCCACUGCUGGAUGCCGUCUUGGCCAACAUCCGAUCGCCGGUCUUUAAUCACUCGCUGUACAGAAGUUUCGCCCCCGCCAUGACCACCAUCCACGGCCCCCCUAUCACGUACGGCACCCUCUGAAUCACUUUCAUCAUCAGUCAUCACCUUCAUCUGUCAGAUUUAAUCACAGUGGGUUUUAUGCUUUCCUUGUGGUCAGGGGUCCCAUGGUGUCUGGCAGGAAGAGGAAACACGAGGACGACGAGCGUCAGACGAUCCCCAACAUCCUGCAGGGGGAGGUUGCGCGCCUCGACGUCAAGUUCCUUGUUAACCUGGAUCCUUCUUUCUGCAGCAACAACGGCACCGUGCACCUGGUCUGCAAGCUUGGUGAGGCUCACACACACACACACACACACACACACACGCAUGCAGAUAUGUACAAAAACACAUCGUCUGCAUAACGCAUAAUCAUUUUUUAAUAGAUUCAGACUUUUUUAAGUGCGAAUGUUGUGUGUUUGAUAAUGUAUUAUUAUGUAUCUGUUGUUAUCUGUAGUUUGUUGGUCAUUUGUUUGUUAAUUGUUGUUUAUUUGUUGUUGGUUGUUUGUCCUCAGAUGAUAAAAACCUGCCAAGCGUUCCUCCUCUGCAGCUCAGUGUUCCUGCUGAGUAUCCUGAUCAGAGUCCUUACUGGGCCAAUGAUGGGGAACAGUACGGUGAGACACACAAACAUUAGACGCAGUCAGAGCUCACACUUGCAGACUACAGUUUUAAACAGCAGAGAAAGGAUCUACAGUUGCUGAGACCUGAGAGGAAAACUGAUGAAAUUAGUGAAGUCUGAAAUAAAGACUUUAAAUUUGGUGCUUUUAAUGAAAAGAUAUAAACUCAGUGUAGAAACUAUCAGACCCUGAACAACACCAACAAUCACAUCUGAGCAAAUAAAGGCGUGUCGAUGACAGAGGAGAGCUGAAUGUUGAGAACAAAGUCAUAAAAGCAGAUCUACUGGGUUUAUUUUGAGAAAAAGGCAGAAACUUUAAGGGGCACAGCUUCAAAUUUCAGUGAAUUUUAGGAGUCAGACUGCAGUUGAACAUUUAAAUUCAGUGUAGAUUACAAAAAAAACAUUAACGCAGAGAAUUAAGUUCAAUCGUUAAGAAUAAAGUUUGUAAUUAAAGCAAGAUUUGGGGAAUGAAGUAGAUGAGAGAAAUCAGCAGAUAGUCUGAGGCCUCUACAGAUAUCGUUAAAAAUGUUUUAACUCUUUUCAAUAGAAUAAUUCUGUCCACAGCAGAGGUGUUUUGGGAUAUUUACCUGUGGAUAUUUCUGUAACUGACCGACUAGUUUAUUACUAAAACCACCAGUCAGUCCUGUUAGUCAUUUUCCCUGGCCCUGAUGUGCAGCUGAAAAGAGUGUUUUACUUAAAAAGGCCUCUCUUGUUGUUUUUUUGCUUUUUCUGAUAAUGUGAUUUUGAACUGUCUUACGUCUUUGUGUCACAGAACAUUAUUGUCGUAGUUUUGAAAAGUGUAAAUAGUUGUAAAAGACAGACAGGUCCUAACCACUGAUGUCAUUAUGUUCUGGUCACAUGAUCCUCUCCCUCUGAUCCCUCAGGUGCGAACAACUUCCUGCAGACAGUACAUAAAAACAUGACGUCCAAACUGCUGCAGCUACCCGACAAACACUCAGUAACCGAGUUGCUCAACGUCUGGGCUCAGAGCGUCCGCCAGGCCUGUCUAUCCGCCGCCUGAAGUCCCGCCCACAUGGACCUUCCUGAGAUCACCUGUGUGACACAGACACUUUUUUUACCCAAACACUAUAGCGAGACUCUGACAGGUUUAUUAGACGUGUAAAAUAAGAAGCUGCUCCACCUGCUGGUGGCUUUCAUUCAAUAAAAGGAACUGCUUUGUCGCACCUUCAUCUAAAUUCCUGAACGCACCACGAACAGACUGUUAUGGAAUCCUGAUGGCUGGUGUUACUUCUGAUGCAUUUUGGGUAAAUUAAAUAAUGUUUUAAUAUCAGACUGAAGGAACUGCUCAGCUGCAGGUUUCAGGAGUUUACAUUUAUCUAUUGUUGAUUUCUGAAACAACAAACAAAAAGGGUUAAGACAUAGCCUGUGAACAGCUGAGCACUCAGUUUUCCUGACAUUACUGUGCUCCCUGAAGGAGGCACAGGCUGGACUGAUGAGUUUGGACCUCAGAGGGACUCUAAUGUAAAAAAAACCUGAAAAUGUUUGUUUGCUUUUAAAGUAAAAAAAAUGUAUUUUUUUGUCACAAUUAAACUUUUCAGUUUUGUCUUUUGAACCGGUUUCAGUAGCUGACAUUUUAAU